UUAGUGGUGUUUAAUUCACGGAGGGCACUCCAACCCGGGUGUUUUUCUGAGUCCCUGAUUUUCCUGCCUGGAGUACCAGCGUCCCAGCCUCCUUUGGUGCCUGGCUUCCUCCCUCUUGCCACUCGACCCCAGUGCAGGAAGAAGGGUGAUGCGGGGGAGGGCUGGUGGUUGGGUGGCCUGCGGGUAAGCUGCACAGUGAUCCCGGUCAGUUUCGGAGGAGUGCGUGUGGAGGAGCUGGGUUCUAGCCGGAGCCCAGGCUACGUUACCACCUGCUGAGAGCCUCCGGGGCCAAAGUAGCCACCGUCAGAGCCACCUGCUAUAAAUAGGCCAUCAAGAACACGAUGUGCAAACGCACAUCCCGCUGCGAAGGCCAUUAUCAUUCGUGGGCCCGCGUCCCCAGCACGCGGGGAAUAUUCCGGGCCAGGACUUCACGCUGAGGCUGGAUGGGGCAGCGAUCCGUGCACCUUUUCCGAGCUCUCGUGGGGUGGAGCCUGGUGGUCCCUGGGCGGGCUGAGGAUGGACCGCUGGGGAGCAAGGGGAGGGAGGCCGUGGAGGACCCGCACUGCAGCAGCUGUUGCUCGCCUGUGACUCGCCAAUCUGGGCCGUGUCGCCUCGCCAGAGUCGCACGGAGCGGAGAAGGGAGGGCAUUGCGUCCUGUUCUUGGCUCCCGCGGAACCCACUAAGGAGAUUCCCGCUGUUGCCCCCUUGCUCCCGCCCCCGCCUCCCCCGCGCUCGCCCAGCCUGGGAGGAGGAAACGCGAGCAGCGCGCAGACACCUCCUGCUCGGCUGCUAUCGCCGCCGCCGGCCACACCGCGGUGCCUGUUGCUGCAAGCCGCUGCGGGACCCGCCGUGUCUUCAGCCCGCAAGAGAAGCAGCGCCAGACUGUGGAACGGUCCCCACUCCAGCUACGUAGGGCGGCAAGAGCGCAGUCAGCUGAAGACUAUGGACGCCCGGCCCUCCCAGGCCAUCUUCAGGGUGCUGGGGAGCACCUACGAGCCCUAGCCCAGCUCCGAGCUUUGAGCGCGCCACCUCGCUGGAAUCUGCCUUCGGAAGCAUGUGAAAUAGAUCAUUCCAUCUAACUAGGAAAACAGGAGCACGAGUUCCUGGCUCUCCAGCCCUUUCCCAGGAUGGACGCGAUCACGUUCACAGCGAGGAAGCAUCCGUUCCCUAAUGAGAGCUCUGUGGACUUCGGCUUGCAGCUGGUGGGCGCCUUACCUGUGCAUUCGCUCACCACUAUGCCCAUGCUGCCAUGGGUGGUAGCCGAGGUACGACGACUCAGUGGCCAGGGCGCCAAGAAGGAGCCUGGAGUCAAGCAAGUCCGGCUCUGGGUUUCGCCCUCUGGACUGAGAUGUGAACCUGACUUGAGGAAAAGUCAACAAUGGGACCCGCUGAUCUGUUCCAGCAUUUUUGAGUGCAAGCCUCAGCACGUCCACAAACUGAUUCACAACAGUCACGACCCGAGUUACUUUGCUUGUCUCAUUAAGGAGGAUGCUGCCAACAGUCAGAGCCUUUGCUAUGUGUUUAAAGCAGACGAUCAAACUAAAGUGCCUGAGAUCAUCAGUUCCAUCCGGCAAGCGGGGAAGAUUGCCCGCCAGGAGGAGCUGCGCUGCCCCUCGGAAUUCGAUGACACCUUCGCCAAAAAGUUCGAGGUGCUCUUCUGCGGCAGGGUCACUGUGGCUCACAAGAAGGCGCCACCUGCGCUGAUCGACGAGUGCAUCGAAAAGUUCAACCACGUGAGCUGCGGCCGCAGAGCAGACUGGGACGCGCCCACGGGGCAGCCAUCAGCGCCAGGACCCCGGCCAAUGCGCAAGUCCUUUUCUCAGCCCGGACUGCGUUCACUGGCCUUCAGGAAGGAGUUCCAGGACGCCAGCCUCCGCAGCAGCACCUUUAGCUCCUUCGACGACGGUAUCGAAAACCACCUCAUCGGAGGACACAGUGUGGUUCAGCCCACAGACAUGGAGGAGAACCGAACUAUGCUAUUCACGAUUGGCCAGUCUGAAGUUUACCUCAUCAGCCCUGACACCAAAAAGAUUGCACUGGAGAAAAAUUUUAAGGAGAUAUCCUUUUGUUCUCAGGGCAUUAGGCACGUGGACCACUUUGGGUUUAUCUGCCGGGAGUGCUCAGGUGGCGGCGGCUUUCACUUUGUCUGUUACGUGUUCCAGUGCACAAAUGAAGCCCUGGUCGAUGAGAUCAUGAUGACUCUGAAGCAGGCCUUCACCGUGGCUGCUGUGCAGCAGACUGCCAAGGCACCAGCCCAGCUGUGCGAGAGCUGUCCCUUGCAGGGCCUGCACAAGCUCUGCGAGAGGAUCGAGGGAAUGAAUUCAUCUAAAACCAAGUUAGAACUCCAGAAGCACCUGACCACACUGACCAAUCAGGAGCAGGCAACUAUUUUUGAGGAAGUUCAGAAAUUAAGGCCAAGAAACGAGCAGCGAGAGAAUGAAUUAAUUAUUUCUUUUCUGAGAUGUCUGUAUGAAGAGAAGCAAAAAGAGCACAAGCACACUGGGGAGCCAAAGCAGACACCACAGGUGGCAGCCGAGAAUAUUGGGAGUGAACUGCCACCCAGCGCUACCCGGUUCAGGCUAGAUAUGCUGAAGAACAGAGCAAAGCGGUCCCUAACAGAGUCCUUGGAGAGCAUUCUGUCCCGGGGUAAUAAAGCCAGAGGCCUGCAGGACCACUCUGCCAGUGUGGAUCUGGACAGCUCCACUUCUAGUACUCUGAGUAACACCAGCAAAGAGCUGUCCAUGGGUGACAAGGAGGCCUUGCCCGUCUCUGAGAGCUCCUUCAAGCUCCUUGGCUCCUCAGAUGACCUAUCCAGUGACUCAGAAGGCCACAUUGCAGAAGAGUCUGCUCUGCUGUCACCUCAACAGUCAUUCAGAAGGAGAGCCAACACCCUGAGUCAUUUCCCUGUAGAGAGCCCGGCGCCUCCAGAACCUGCUCAGAAUUCUCCAGGGGUCUCUCAGAGAAAGCUCAUGAGGUAUCACUCCGUGAGCACAGAGACGCCUCAUGAACGCAAUGUGGACCAUCUUCCUGGGGGUGAGGCGAAGUGCAGCUCAAGGCAGCCUUCUGCUCCUCCUCCGCCUCGUCUUAACCCCUCCGCCUCCUCACCAAACUUUUUUAAGUCCCUAAAACACAAUUCUGGUGGAGAACAAAGUGGGAACGCUGUGCCCAAAAGCGUCUCCUACCGUAAUGCCCUGCGGAAAAAACUCCACUCCUCCUCCUCUGUGCCAAAUUUUCUAAAAUUUCUGGCUCCUGUAGAUGAAAAUCACACCUGUGACUUUAUGAACACAAACAGGGACAUUGAAUCCAAAACAAACCACCUGGGUGACACAGAUGGGACCCCUGUGAAGACCCGGCGCCAUUCAUGGAGACAGCAGAUAUUCCUUCGAGUGGCCACUCCACAGAAGACGUGUGAUUCCCCAAGCAGAUAUGAAGAUUAUUCAGAGCUGGGAGAGCUCCCUCCACGAUCCCCUUUAGAACCAGUUUGUGAAGAUGGACCAUUCGGCCCUGUACCAGAAGAAAAGAAGAGGACAUCACGCGAGCUUCGAGAGCUGUGGAGAAAAGCUAUUCUGCAGCAGAUACUGCUGCUCAGGAUGGAGAAGGAGAAUCAGAAGCUACAAGCCUCUGAGAAUGAUCUGCUGAACAAACGCCUGAAGCUUGAUUAUGAAGAAGUCACUCCUUGUCUUAAAGAAGUAACCACCGUGUGGGAAAAGAUGCUUAGCACUCCAGGAAGAUCCAAAAUUAAAUUUGACAUGGAAAGAAUGCACACAGCUGUUGGGCAAGGUGUGCCACGCCAUCACCGGGGUGAGAUCUGGAAAUUUCUAGCUGAGCAGUUUCUCCUUCGACAUCCACUUCCCAGUAAACAGCAACCAAAGGAUGUGCCCUACAAAGAACUCUUGAAGAAACUGACCUCCCAGCAGCACGCCAUUCUCAUUGACCUCGGCCGAACAUUUCCAACGCACCCGUACUUCUCUGCCCAGCUCGGAGCAGGUCAGCUGUCCCUUUACAACAUCCUGAAGGCCUAUUCACUUCUGGACCAGGAAGUAGGAUACUGCCAAGGCCUCAGCUUUGUGGCAGGCAUUUUGCUGCUUCAUAUGAGUGAGGAGGAGGCAUUCAAGAUGCUCAAGUUCCUGAUGUUUGACAUGGGGCUGCGGAAACAGUACCGGCCAGACAUGAUCAUUUUACAGAUCCAGAUGUACCAGCUGUCACGGCUCCUCCAUGAUUACCACAGAGACCUCUACAACCACCUGGAAGAGCAGGAGAUUGGCCCCAGCCUCUACGCGGCUCCCUGGUUUCUCACGGUGUUCGCCUCACAGUUCCCACUCGGCUUUGUCGCCAGGGUCUUUGAUAUGAUCUUUCUUCAGGGAUCAGAGGUCAUAUUUAAAGUGGCUUUAAGUCUUUUGGGAAGCCAUAAGCCCUUGAUUCUGCAGCAUGAGAACCUGGAAACCAUAGUGGACUUCAUAAAGAACACACUACCCAACUUGGGCUUAGUGCAAAUGGAGAAGACCAUCAAUCAGGUGUUUGAGAUGGACAUCGCCAAACAGCUGCAGGCCUACGAGGUUGAGUAUCAUGUGCUCCAAGAAGAACUCAUUGACUCCUCUCCUCUCAGUGACAACCAAAGAAUGGAUAAACUGGAGAAAACCAACAGCAGCUUACGCAAACAGAACCUUGACCUCCUGGAACAAUUGCAGGUGGCAAACGCUAGGAUCCAAAGCCUUGAAGCUACGGUGGAGAAGCUUCUAGCCAGCGAGAGCAAGCUGAAGCAGACCGCGCUAACCCUGGAGUUGGAGCGCUCUGCCCUGCUGCAGAUGGUGGAGGACCUGCGAGGGCAGGGUGCCCAGCCCAGCACUCAGGAGCCGGACUGUACCCAGCCCGAACCGACAGAGGCACACUGUUUGAAGAGAGCAAAGCAAGAAGGACCUGAAGUAAUUCCUCAGGCAAAAGUGUGAUCCUUGUCAGUCUGCAAGGAGAGGUUCCUGUGACCAUGCCCUUGGUGUCACCAUGAGGUUCAGUGGGGGCCUUUGUCUACUCUUGUUAUGGAGACCAGAGGUGGCCAUGGGAAAGGACUGAAGGGUUUAUUGAAAUUGGAUGUGUUGAUCGUCACCGACUCCACAGUCGCUCCCACGGGUACUGAAGAAGCUCGUCUUUUACCCAGUGUUUUAAUGGUUUUACUCACUGUUUCAAGUCCUGGUAGAUAAAUGUUUCGUAAAGAAAUCACAGUUUUUAGACUCCCUGUUCUUUCUAGUGUGUGAACUAUCGCUAUGGGGUCUGAGAUAUUUAUUUGUGACUGUUUCAUAGCCACACUAUAGGGUCACUUAUUUAUUUUUGUCUGUGGGAUGGAUGAUGUACCACAGCCAUGUCUUCCUUUGAGUCUUGACCCCUUGGAGCUCUGAUUCUGCCUAGAAGGAGUAGAGCACAUCAAGAUUUCAAGGGGCUCCUAAGAUUCUGAAACAUUGCAGAAGAACCCCGGCUGAAAUUGCAAUCGGAUGGCAGCUGACAGUUUUCCCGAGGUAGGCUGCGUGUUUUGAGAAGCACUCAAAAUACAGUGACCCCCCUCCCUUGGGAUGGUGAGGACUCUGUGCCUUCAGGCAGAGUGCCGCUCACAGUCACCCUGCUUCCAGCUGGUCCUGCAGAGAGCAUCGCCCAUAUGCACAGCAAGCAUGGGGAAGAACCACGGGCACGGGAAGCCUCCUGAGUAUUGGAAUUGGUCCUGCCUUGGGCUCUACCACUCGGCCCCCUGUUCCACAGAAGUCUUUUGCAGCUCUCUUGGUAGGAAACAAGCCUUUUAAGCCUGGGGUGAAAGGAGGGACCACCAUCCUUGGUGUCAUUUGGUAUCUCCUUGCUAUUUCAGAGGGACACCAAAUGGCAGGUGGUACUGAAGACUCCCUCCAGCUCAGGGGAAAGUUGUUCUCUCCACAAAACAACAUCAACAGUCCCAUUGCCUCUCUUCCAGGAGGCUCCACCAGGGGUAGUUAGAGGAGGCAACUGUGGGGGCUUCUUUCCACAUUGUAUUUUAUUAUUUGAAUGUUUUAAAAUGUUGAGGUUUGGACAUAUUAUUACUGUUCAAAACAUUGACUCUACAAUAAGAAACAAGAAAGCAAUAAAACCGGUAUUUCACA